AUUCUAUUUAAAAGAUUGGAUACCGGGUAAAACUCAAUGAUAUUAUCCCAGGAGGAACAUGUGGCGUCACAGGGAUUCAGGACUAAGGAUAAAGGCUGGAGCAUUUUCUAGAGCAAAGUGCUUGUGGCUAAACUGAGGAAGUAAUCUCUUUGGGAAACGGUUUGUGUAUUGAGCUUUCUUGUGGGUUACUUCAUAGGCCAAGGCUAUCCAGACUCCAGCUAUAGCUCCCAAGAACACAUGCUAGCAAGUUAUGCGCAUAGUCAACUUGAAUAGUAGUAUGGGAGUUGUUUACAGAAUCACACUUUGCUGCAAAAACAUCAGAUCUGAACUAGCCCUGCCUUCUUUAAAAUUUUCAUCUCUGGAAUAGUUGGGAACAGACUCAGGUCUUGGAAUUUCUCUGGCUUCUGUGACUUUGCCUACCUAGAAUGGACCCUGUUGUUCUAAGUUACAUGGACAGUUUGCUGCGGCAGUCAGAUGUCUUGUUACUGGAUCCUCCCUGCUGGCUUAAUGACCACAUCAUUGGCUUUGCCUUUGAGUACUUUGCCAGUGAUCAGUUCCAAGAUUUUUCUGAUCAAGUAUGUUUUGUUAGUCCUGAGGUAACUCAGUUCAUUAAAUGCACCACCAGCCAGGAGGAGUUGGCCCUGUUCCUUGAGCCACUGAACCUCCCCAACAAGAAAGUCGUGUUCCUGGCCAUCAAUGACAACUCCAGCCAGGCUGCUGGUGGCACCCACUGGAGCCUGCUGGUUUACUUCCAAGAGAAAAACUGCUUUGCUCACUAUGAUUCCCAUACCAGGAGCAACUCUGCCCAUGCCAGACGGGUCGCAGGGAAGUUGGAACUCUUCCUUGGCAAAAGAGGCAAAGUUGCUUUUGUAGAGGAAGAAGCCCCUGCCCAGCAGAAUAGCUAUGACUGUGGGAUGUAUGUAAUCUGUAACACAGAGGCUCUGUGUCAAGAAUUCUUCCAGGGACAGCAGGAGCCAGUGUUGCAGCUCCUUACUCCCUCAUAUAUAACAGACAAGAGAGAAGAAUGGAAGAAACUCAUUGCAAGGCUCUCUGAAAAGUGACCCACCAACCUCCCAACUGUUACUGCUCAUAUUCUUGUCUUGCUGUCUGUGCCUGAGAGGGAAAGCUUGUGCCAUAGGGUUUCCCUACAGAAAGAAUGUACUUACCUCUGCAUUUCUGCACUGCCUUAUUCUGCUGAUGAUCAGAAUGGAGCUGAAUCAUAGGAAACGGGUACGCAUCUUCCCAAAGGUGUUGGGCAAUUAUGUUUAUGGCCUCCCAUAUCCACAGAGUUCUUUGUAUGUUUUAGGUGUGAUGAUAUUUCAGUGAUGUCAGCAGCCCUCUUCCAAAAACACGCCUCAACCUCAAGAGGCGAGAAGGAUGGUAUAAUGCUGCAAAAUUGCCAUAAUGCUUGUCUUUAAAAUUCUUCAUAAUGUUAUGUAGGUGGGAAGCUUUUCUGAAGAGGGCUAUAGAACAGAGUUUCGGAGUUUGGCCAGCUUUGUAAAACUUGAAUAAUUACUGAUGUAUGGCAAUGCAACAUUUCGGUAAUGUAAUAACGAUGGAGAUCUUCCAGUACUUAGGGGUGUUUCAUUCACCCCUUGGGGGUUCUCCCUGGCUCCUGCUUUCCUCUACCUGCUCUUUCUAGCAGUGUUGAAGACAGGCUGCCUCUAGCACUGAGAGAGAAAUCCAUUGGUAGGUAAUAAAAGUGGAGAUUAGCUUGGAGAGGCAGCUUUUCUCUAGGCCUGGCAGAGAAAUCUUCAGUCUGUGUUCAAGGUUCCCCCCCUCCUCCUCCUUCCAGCAAUAGAAGUAGGUUGCCUCUGUUACUGGGCAACCUUUUUCUUAGCAGGGGCAAAGGAAUCCCCUCUGAUCAGUGGCUGGGGAAAAAGAGCAGGGGAUCUUUCUAUAGUGCUGAGAAGGGUGGUGUCUUUCUCCAUAGGGAGAAGCAAGGCUGAAUUGCUCUGGGCCGCUCCCCUUGGAGAAGGGUGUGGCUGCACUUUCCUUGCAAAAAGGGGUAUGGAUGAUUUUUUGUGCCUCGCUGCACAGAGAGCGGGACUUUUGUGAUGUCAUCAGUCAGAAAUAAGAGGGGAUAUUCCAGUACCAAGGCUGCAGAAGGGCUGCACGGUGAUAGAUAACACUGUAAGAAACAAACAGAGCUCUUAACUGUUGAUAUCAGCUUAAAAUUGUUAGUCUCACUAGUGUAAACUGACUGAAUCAAUGAUAAGUCAACACUUAUGCAAGUUCCCUUAAUUCAGCAAGUCUACUCUAAUCAGGACAUUAUUCCUCCAGAGCAGAUAGAAUGAUCUGGAAGUUCAGCCUCCAGAGGCUGAAGAGUUCCCCACCCUUGAUGAAAUGAGCAAAUGAGCAUUGGUUUCUUUGCAGUUUCUAGCUGUUCUUGCUGUUUAUUAAACAUGCUGUGAUCUCUUUGUUUUUUGUUUUUUAGGAUGCAUCUCUAAAUGGAUUGUUUUUGAUGAAACUCAAAAAGGGUAAAGGGAGCCCAGGCUUUCCACUCCCAGUGUUUAGUAGAGCAGGAAGAUGAAACAAUAACAUAAGAUAUACCCCAAAAAAUGUGUUUUUGUUUGUGCACCUUUGGCUUGGAAAAGUGAUUUAGGCAUGCACUGCACAAAUACAUAACUCUAAAGUAUAUUUGUUUGAAGAUAGGUUCCAUUAUGACUUUUGCAUAUGUCUAGCACUGCACCUUAAGGAAUUCUGGUUAUCAAAGGAGGAAGACUUGGGAAUUUUUUGUAUAUCUUUAGGAGCAUAGGUUGACUUUAAGACUUUGAAUUCUGCAAGAAAAGGGAUUACACAGUAACUGAGUGUCAGACUAAGUGGAUCCGUUUUGUUAGUCCUUCAGUCAGUCUGGAAAGCAAGUUGGACAUGCCAGCAAAGCAAAAACAAUGAAAAGCCAUGUGGCAACUAAAAGAUUUAAGAGAGUUAUUAUAUUAUGAAUGUUAAUGAGCAAUAACCCACUUCAUCAGAUGCAUAGAUAUUAUAAUUUCAGGUAUCGAUAUACAGUACAUAUGGCUGCAGAUGGGAUUUAGACAGUGAAGUCAGCGGGUAAAUUAAAGGCAGAGGCUUUUGAGAGUGGCAAUUGCAUUAUUAGUGCUGGCCAUUCACAAAACUGUUACUGAAAAUACAAAUAUCGAAGCUCUAGAGAAGCCCAUUAACAGAGGUAGUAUGAUAAGAAUCUGUUAUCCUGAUUCAAGUGUCUGGUGCUUGACCUAAUGAACAGCAGUUGCGUAGACCCUGUCUCUUAUGUUUGGUGGACAUUUUUAAUCCACAACUGGAUAAUCGGUGCAUUUGAUGAAAUGGGUUACAAAACCUCAUGGUACAGCUGAUUUGUUAAUCUCUGAAGUCCUACAGGACUGUAGUGCACUAACACAGAUGCCCUUUUAGAAAGGUUAGAAAAGCAACAGACCAGUAGCAAAGGAUACCCACUGGACUUCUCACUCUUUGUUGUGUCUCAGCUCUUUAUCUGCUUCAUGGUAUUUGGAGUGGGGAACAGGGUGGUACCUUCACCAGCUACAUAUGAAAUCCUGCAAUUGUUGGGAACAGGGUUGCUUCCUUCUACUAAAUGUGUGGGUCUGAUGUAGAAAAUAACCUGUCCUAUUGAGAAAUAUACCAGUAAACUUGGGUGAGCCCAAAAGCACUAUAUUUGGUUUUUUCCUGUUUGUAUUGUUUUAUUGCCCUUUUUACUCCCAAGGGAAGCUGCCUUAGCAGCUCCUCCUUGUUUUAAUGCUGCACAAGAAUCACAGCAAAAAGCCUUGAAGUCCCAUGUUGUUAAAUUAUUCUAGGAUGUGGUGACACUUUGGGGGCAGACAAGCUUUAAUCCUUUUCUCAUUUGCAUCGGAAAGAGGGCAUGAUAAUUUUUGUUCUAUUUGGGAGAAUCUUGAACCAAAAUAAAUAAAAGUGUUUUCACUCCAAAGAGUUUCAUGCAGCUUC